CUCCAAAAACAUGUUCAAAAUCAAAACCCACGUUAUCUGAUGUCAACAGAGGCUGCAUCAAACACCCUGAGAAGUUUCACCGUACUUGUCAUCACUCAUCAGACCCUUCAAUUCUCUCUCUUCUGCCAAUGACGCAGAAACCACCGCAACUCCCAAUCCCGAAGUCAAAACCCAUCAAUGAAGAAUAAUAAAUCACCUUUCUCCGUCACUCUCUUCGCCCUCUUCCUCCUCUCUUCGCUGCCCCUAUCCCGCGCCCUCGGUUCCGCCGCCACCCUCGCCGUCACCGCCGCCCCCGCCGCCGUCUGUGGCGUGGUGGCGUCCGAGCCGACGCGGCGCAUUGCGUGCUAUCUCUCCGGCCGCGUCGUCGCCGUCGCCCCCAAUGUCUCGUUCUCGGCGAUCUCCGGCGGCCGGAGCUACUUCUGCGGCCUCCGGUCCGGAAACUACAGCCUCCUCUGCUGGGACGCCCUUGCUGGCUUCCAAAGCAAGAGGCUUUACAACAAUGACACUGUUCUAUUCGAGAAUCUCGCCGUCGGAGACUCCCAGGUUUGCGCCACCGUGGUCGGCGCCGGCACGGCGUCGUGUUGGAGGACGAACGCCGCGUUCGAAUUGCCUUCUGGGUCGGACCGAUUUUCCUCUAUUUCAUCUGGGUCGGGCUUUUCCUGCGGAAUUUUGAAGGGUAGUGAUCGGGUUCGGUGUUGGGGGGUUGGGUCUGUGGCGAGGAAAAUGGAGGGUGAGUUUGGGAACGUGUCUAUGGUGAGUCUUGUAGCUGGGGAAUCGCAUGUUUGUGGGUUGAAUUCAAGUGGGUAUUUGGUUUGCAGAGGAAGUAACGAUUUUGGUCAAAUUGAUGUUCCUGAAGGAGGGGCUUUGGAGUUUUCUGGUUUGGCUCUUGGAGCGGAGCAUAGUUGUGCUAUUCGGAGAUCCAAUGGUUCUGUGAUUUGUUGGGGUGGGAGAGGUUUGUUUUCGGUCAAUGUUACGGAAGGUGUUUCUUUUGAGGUUAUUGUUUCUGGUUUUAAUUUUACUUGUGGAUUGACAACUAACAAUUUUUCAGUCAUUUGUUGGGGUCCUGGUUGGGCUAAUGGUUCAGCUUUUGAGGUUCCCUUGCCUCCUAUUCUUCCAGGGCCUUGUGUUCAAUCCUCUUGUAGUGAGUGUGGGAUAUACCCUCAAUCUGAGACUCUGUGUUCUGGCUUUGGUAACAUUUGUAAGCCAAAACCUUGUUGGCCACAAAUGGGGGGGCUGGCGCCACCGCAAAUGGCACCGCCGCCUGCGGUGGCGGCGCCACCGACUUCUAAGUCGAAUACCUUGACAAAGGGGUUAUUGGCAUUUGUCAUUGUUGGAUCUGUGGGAGGUGUUGCUGGGAUAUGCACUGUGAUUUAUUGCUUGUGGACUGGUGUUUGUUUAGGGAAGAAGAAAAUUCACAAUUCUGUGCAGCCAAGAAUCACUAGAGGUGGUAGUAUAAAUGGUGGUGGUGGUUCUAAUAAUAGCAAUAGUCCUCCUUCGAGAUCAUCCACCAUUAGGCGUCAAGGGUCGCGGAUAAUGAGGCGCCAACGGAGUGGAACCUCGUCCACAAAGCAUGCUGAUAGAGCUGAGGAGUUCACCCUGGCUGAGCUUGUUGCAGCCACUGAUAAUUUCUCCCUUGAAAACAAGAUUGGUGCUGGAAGCUAUGGUGUUGUUUAUAGAGGCAAACUCGUGGAUGGUCGCGAGGUGGCGAUCAAAAGGGGUGAAACCGGCACCAAGAUGAAGAAGUUUCAAGAGAAAGAGAGUGCAUUUGAGUCAGAAUUGGCCUUCUUGUCCAGGCUACAUCACAAGCACUUGGUCAGGCUGGUGGGGUUCUGUGAGGAGAAAGAUGAGAGGCUCUUGGUGUAUGAGUACAUGAAGAAUGGUGCCUUGUAUGAUCAUUUGCAUGACAAGAAGAAUGUGGACAAGAGUAGCAGUGUCUUGAACUCAUGGAGAAUGAGGAUCAAAAUUGCGCUGGAUGCUUCGCGAGGAAUUGAGUAUCUCCACAACUAUGCAGUUCCAUCCAUAAUUCACAGAGAUAUCAAAUCUUCCAACAUUCUAAUUGACGCGACAUGGACGGCAAGAGUGUCCGAUUUUGGAUUGUCAAUGAUGAGUCCAGAAUCUGACCAUGAUUACCGGCCAGUGAAGGCAGCAGGAACAGUUGGAUACAUUGAUCCUGAAUAUUAUGGCCUAAAUGUGUUGACAGCAAAGAGUGAUGUCUAUGGACUUGGAGUAGUACUACUAGAAUUGUUAACAGGAAAGAGGGCUAUAUUCAAGGGUGAUGAAAGUGGAGGCACACCAGUAAGUGUGGUAGACUUUGCAGUGCCAGUGAUCAUGGCAGGAGAAUUGGCAAAGAUUUUGGAUCCAAGGGUUGCAGCACCAGAGUUGAAUGAAACAGAAGCAGUGGAGCUAGUGGCAUAUACUGCCAUGCAUUGUGUGAAUUUGGAAGGUAAGGACAGACCAACGAUGGCUGAUAUAGUGGCAAAUUUGGAGCGUGCUUUGGCUCUUUGUGAUAGCAGUCAUGGCAGCAUUUCCAGUGGUACAAUUUCCAUUGUAUCUGACUGACAUUUUUCAAACCCUGGUAAAGGGAAACAAAAUAGAAAAUGUUCCCUGAUUCUUAUUUUUGAUUCUUUCUGAUAAAUUAUUAUAUGGGUAUAGUUUACUCUUGGGGUUUGUAAAGACUAGUUAUGUCACCUAACACCAAGCUGAAGUGUAGAAUUUUGUUAAACACUAACAGCUAGUAGCAAAAUUGAUCAGUUAUAAAUUUUCUUUUGCAAUAUUUUUCUUUAUCGUACGAGGUUGCUGAUUAAAACUUAAAAGUAUCAUUUGUGUCUAUGCAUGUGACUGGGUGUGCGAGUACGCUCCAAAUUUUUGUAACCUCUUCUUGUCCUUUAUGCUACGCGUUAAAGCAACGUACUUGAUGUAACCUAUGUGUUAAGGUUUGUGCUAUGCGUUUAAGGCAUUGCAU